AAAGAACACACGAGUUGGAUUGUUUGGUUAAACAGCAUAGGAAAACGAUUAGUACGCAGCUCCAGACAUACUUUACUAUCACCUGUAUACUGGUAUGAGUCGGGUUUUUAUAUUUUGUGGAGCAGGAGGUGGCUUUCCCGAAUCAAACAUGGCGGAAGUUGACGUUCUCUGACGCCCUAUUGUUGACGUGUAGUAUUGGCUGGAAAGUAGAGGCCGUUGUGGUUUCUCUUUGGUGCCCGGGAAGUUCAGCUGUGUGUGAAGGAGUUGGAGGGACGGGUGGUAUAUUGGAGCACUUACCUAGGACAGGUCUCCUUUUGAAAAGUUCAACCAUGUCUGUUGUUCCAGUGUGCUAUGAAACCCAGUAUUUUGGGUUCACACCACAGACCUGCAUUCUUCGACUUUACAUUUCAUUUCAAGAUUACUUAUUUGACAUGUUGCUGGUUGUUGAAAGUGUCAUCCUGAAAAAACUAGAGAAAUUUCCAAACUCUGGGAUAAAUCGCUUUGAGGUUCGGGAAAGCACAGAAAGAUAUCUGGCGAUCAUUAAUGAACGCUUCAAUUACCUGUUUCAGAAAAUGGAAAACUGUCUUUUACAACUGGUACUUAAUAUUCCCAGGAAUAUUCUGCUACGUGAAGAUGAGGUACAUGAAAACUACUCUUGCAGUAAAGACCAGUUUGAUGUGCUCCAGAAUGAAGUACAGACAUUGCACAGGCAGUACAAAGAAGAAAAGCGUGUUACUCAAUCCCUUUUAGGUGAACUGGAAGAACAGAAAGCUGUGCAGGCAGAAUUGGAAAAGAUACUGUCUUGGUUUGAUGGACUGGACAAAAUUUGCAGAGAACAUGGGAUGAUAGAUCUGAUGGAGAGCUUUGCAUUCAUGGCUCAAACAUCAAAGAAACUGCAAGUCUCUGUAAAAGAAAUAGAUGUAAAGCAUAACAAACUUGCCCUUGAUAUGACUUCCAGGACUCCGGUACAAAGAAGAACACAAAGAUCUAGCCAAGGAAAACUUAAAUUAUACUGAGUUAUGCUAUCUACCUUAUGCCAUUGCCACACGGAUUUAUAAAAAGAAUGAAAUAUAGUGUAAUUGUAAAUAAUUGUAUAAUAACUGACUUCUGGGAAACUUGAUGUCAUAUUUUGCAUUGUGUUUCAAAUGAAUUCCUAAAAAUACUCCUAUUCACGUUUUUUUAUUUUAAAUGAAUAAAAAAAGAUACUCCUGAU